UGCCUUCUGUGGACACCGGGGCUGUGGCAGCCAAAGAUCCUUCAUUCCCUCCUUCCGCUUUAACCCUCUCUGCUACAGCUAGUGCAUAUAGGGCACUAGCUACAGCUGACUUAAACUGCCACCUCGUGGCGAUAAGUUGUAAUACAAUUCAAUGUGCGUGAAUUAAGUGGCCACUUCCAAGGGAACCCACUGUAGCCUACUUCCAUACAAUGGCCUGAUAGCCUAGGCUACUACAGACUAAUCAUUAGGCUACUUAUAUAAUCAUUGAGCAACGAUUUGGGCGAAUGCAAUGUUCAAGAAAACAGGCACGAGAAGGGAGGUGAUUUUCUGAUGAUUCAACAAUGAAACAAUGAAACGGUUGCCAGACAAUAUUUUCUGUCACUAAAGUUGCCAAAAGUCGCUAAAGUUACCAACAAAUAAGUCAUGGUCAAAGUGACUUCCAGGUCACAGCAAUUGGAAAAAAUAAAAAAAUAAAUAUCAAAAUCACUUAGCCCUGAGUCCGUUUUUUAAAUGUUCUACUUUUGAUCUGACCACGAAAUCAAAAGUCUGAAAAACAAAGCGUUAUUUUCUUCUUCGUAUCACAUUCAUAAAGAAAUAAUGAAAUAAAGUCAUUUUUUUUUAUUUUGGAUUCUUAAUUGAAUUUCAAAUGAACGAAGCAUACACGGACCGGUCAGCAGUAAAAAGGGACUAGAUUAAGGAGAGCCUCCUAAAUAGUUCUGCUUGUUGACCCCAGAGUCAAGGAUUUUUGGUCCAAGUAGAGAAAGCCUCUCUUUUGCAUCAGUCCUUCCGUACAUCCUAAACCCGUUGAAAAGGGGCCCCUGCAACAAACACGAUCUGACAAUCACUUCCUCUUCUGCAAGGCAAGUUUUGCAGAGACAGAACAGGAAGCACGCGCUCAUAGCAAGGCGAAGAAAUCGCAGAGUCUAAAGACAAGCGCAGUCUUUGGUAAGGUGUGAAAGAACACAGAAUCCAAAGACAAAUACACCUAACCCUCUCUUCUUGAAAAAGCGAGAGCCUCGCAGAUUUUUGAAGACACACACACACACACACACACACACACACACACACAGAGUAGUGGUCUCAACUGUGAUUAUAGUGCCCCUGUAUACAGCAGAGUGGACAUAAAACGCAACACUACCAAAUUAUUAUUAUUUUCUUAUUCAGAGAGGGAAUUCUUUUUGUUAAAUUAUAAUACUUACCACCCGAUCUUGCUUCUUAUUUAUGUUUUCAGAUAUCCUCAGUAGGCUACUUUCCCACCCAUCUAUCUAAGUCACCAAACAGAUGAUCUAAGCAUACCUUAGCCUAUGGUUUGACUUUUAGACAGUAAAUGUUUUGACUUGGAGUCGAAGGUCCAAGAAGUGGACAGACAAAUAUUGAUUGUAUGAAAUUACACAGUUCUAGUGUUUAGGAAAACUUCCUUAGCAGUAUUUCCUACUCUUUUAAAGGUUGCUAGUAGCAUAAUGAUAAUCUUUUAAUAAAUGUGAACUUUGUGAUUGUUGUGUAAUAGCCAGUAGACUAAUGUGUUAUCAUAGCAUGUGCAUGAUAAUAUGUGGCAAUACUUGUGUUAUACAUGUCAAUAUGUGUGUGUUCCUGCUCUGAACAGGCCGUAAGAUGAGAGUGAUUGUGCUUUGUGGUGUGAUGGCUGCCCUGCUCCUGUCUGUGGCCUUGGCCGCCCCACAGGGUGACCAUGAGGGCCAUGACCACGGGCCCCACACAGCAGAGCAUCACCACCACCUCCACCAUGGAGAAGACGAGCCCCAUCCACAGCACGAGGGUGAACACAGCUCCAUGCUCACUCAACCCAAUGCUGACUUUGCCUUCGCUCUCUAUAAGAAGCUGAGUGCCCUACCCGAGUUGCAGUCAAACAUCUUCUUCUCCCCACUGAGCAUAUCCAUGGCUCUGUCCAUGCUGGCUCUUGGGGCUAAGGGUGACACUUUCUCCCAGCUGUACCAGGCUCUUGGUUAUGCUGAAUUGACUCCUGAGACGGUCAAGAAGGCCAAUGAGCACAUCAUUCACAUGUUUGGUCAUGAACAGGAUCAUGUGAAGAUUGUAGCCAAUGCUAUUGCUGUUACAGAGAAAGCCAAAGUCAAGGAUACAUUCUUAGAGGACACCAAACACUACUAUGAGAGUGAAACACUAGCUGUGGAUUUCUCUAAAUCUGAUGUUGCUGUUCAAGAGAUCAACAAAUACAUAGCUCAACAUACCAACAACACAAUCACUGAUAUGGUGAAGGAUGUGGAUCCAGACACUUUUAUGAUGCUAAUCAACUGCUUGUAUUUCAGAGGAGAAUGGGAAAGGCCAUUUGAUGACGACAUACCCAUGAAAUAUGACUUUCAUGUGGAUAAAAACACUAAGGUGACCGUGGACAUGAUGCAAAAAGAUGGUUAUUUCAGAGUCUAUGAGGACAAACAGAACUUCAUUACUGUGCUUGAGCUUCCAUACAAGGGCAGGGCAUCUAUGAUCAUCGUCAUGCCGGACGAGGGGAAGAUGAAGGAGGUGGAGGACAGCAUCACCCAAGCCCAUUUCAAACAUUGGAAACAGUCACUGUCGGGAAGUAUGGUGAAAGUUCGUAUGCCAAAAUUGUCCAUUUCUGGCACAUUUUCACUGAAAGAAACUCUGAAAGGGAUGGGAAUGGCCAGUGCUUUUUCUAACACAGCCGAUUUUUCUGGAAUGACGGAUCUCAAAGUGACCUUGUCAGAGGUGGAACAUAAAGCCAUUCUCAACAUCCACGAGAAAGGCACAGAAGCAGCUGCCGUCACCGUGCCAAUGUUGAGAUAUAUGUCCUAUCUUCAUGCACCGUUCAUAAUAAUCAACAGGCCAUUCUUGGUCUUCAUCGCUGAAAGUACCACCGACAGUAUCCUCUUCAUGGGCAAAAUUUCAGAUCCCACCUCUAAAUGAAUGUUCGAUUGGAAUUAUUGCACAAACUUUCAUUCAUUUAAUUGUUAUGAUGCUAAAUAAUAUUGUUAGUUUUAACCCUGUACAUAUGAUUGAAACAAAUAUUGUGAAGAGUGUGGAACAUGACAAUAAUGGGGUAAUAAAGCAUUGUUUGCUUUUUGAAUGUGCACUGUUAGGCUAUAAUUCAUUCCGGAAAAUGUAUGGUAUAUUCAAAGAGUAUGGAAUUACUUCUAUCCUCUUUGGUAUAUUCAUACUUUCUUAUGAUAAAUCACAAUUACAAAUAAACUUGUUUCCAGAAGGUAUUGUGCGUUUGAGCAAAUUUAUCUUAUGUUUGAAAAGUUGGCUUGAUAUGUUCAGCUGAGUGAUGACACCCCGUGGCCAAAAUACUGUAUGUCAUAUGCUGUAUGUAGGUUUUUUGAUGUUUUGACUUGUACAGACAAAUAUUGAUUAAAUGGAAUAACACAGUUCUAG